AUGACAUUUGUUUAUAUUUUGGUUCCUAAUCAGCCCUUCCAGUCCGUUCUCCUGUCUUCAAUCAUUUUUUCAGGUAAUUUUAUUGCCUCUGGUGAUGCUGAUGGAUAUCUUAUUGUUUGGAAUUUAGUUCAAUCUUGUCUGGAAGAAAAUGAAAAGAAUGAAAUUUCUAAUGAAAAACAAUUAAAAGAGCUUCAAUUAAAUAACAAUAAUUUGUUGGAAGAUAAUAAAAAUAAUGAGGAAAUCCCUCCAAAUAGAGAAAAUUGGCAAAGAAGCAAAGCUAGAUUUAGUCCACAUCCUGGUGAAAUUACUGCUUUAUGUUUUUCGCCAGAUUCACAAUUUAUUGCUUCUGUAUCUAUGAAUAAUUCAAUUUCUGUUAAUCGAACUGAAAAUGGUAAAAGACUAUGGGAAAGAGGUGCUUACCGCCAUUUUGCUAAUGGAAUAAUUUGGGAUCCACGAGGAAAAUAUUUGGUAACAAUGUCAACAGACAGACGUUUAGAUAUAUUGGAUGCGUUUAAAGGAACAAUUUUACGUUCUUGUUGUCAAAUUGAAUUGCCUAUGAUUUUAAUGCCUGAAAUUAAUCAACAAGCUUACAAAAUAUUUCAUGACGAUCAAUUGCAUGCUUUUCAAAGAGGUGUUGAAUUUUCUCCUUGUGGUGGCGUUCUUUUUGCACCAGCUGCCCUACUAGAAGUUGGAACAAAUAAUAUUUAUGGAACUUUUGUCUUUUUUCGAAAUGAUCUCAAAUUUUGUCGGCCAAAUGCUCUUUUUCCUUCUGCCAAACCAACUAUACAAGUUAAAUGUUCUCCUUUAAUUUACAAACUUGAUGAAGGAACGAAGGAGAAUUUUCUUGGGUAUUUUUUUAAAGAUAAUAGAUGA